GUGGUUUAGAGGAAGCCGGCAAUAGAAUACAAGUCCUUGUUUGACUAUAUAUACCCCCAAACUAUACCUAUUCCUUAGUCAUAUCGUUUCCUACAAUUGACAACAAACCAAACGAAGUUGCCUUCCAUAGUUAUCGUCUUCCGCAACCUACAAACUAUAAAGAAGUAGAAGAGAGACAAGAACACCAAAAAACAAGCGAUGAGCUGCUGCUGCGGAGACGAUUGUGAAUGCAGGCCGCUAGGGUUUCUCCUCGGCCUGCCCUUCGCCUUCGUCGCUCUCAUCCUCUCCGUCAUCGGCGUCGUCAUCUGGAUAGUCGGGUUGGCGUUGACUUGCAUAUGUCCGUGCUGCUUGUGCGUGACGAUCAUAGUUGAGUUUGCUCUGGCGUUGAUCAAGCUUCCCUUUUCGAUCAUGAAGUGGUUCACAUCUAAGAUUCCUUGUUAAUUACGAUCUGAUACGUAGCGUGUAAUUUAAUAGUGGUUUGUUCAUUUUUCAACCACAGUUUUUUUUCUCGAUCUUUCCACUUUCUGUUGAUUUUUUUUGUUGAAAAUUUGUUCGAACAUUGCAAAAGAAAGCCUUAGGAAUCCUUGUUCGAUGAAUUUGUCAGGGUAAAUUUAUGAAAUUUGGGUUGGCACUUAAAA